AUGCUGAAGAAGUCUUCCACCCGUGACUACAAGAAUGUUUCAUCAGAUCCAGUUGCGCCCAAAAGAAGCAGAGGACAGGAUAGUUCUGCAGGCCAGAAAGGAAGGCGGACGAAGUGCACCCCGCUCAUGGACACCUGGAUCUGGGAGAUCACCGCCAUGAUAUUCAGCACCCUUUGCUUUGUGGCGAUUGUCGCAGUGCUUGGGGCAUACGACCAAAAAGCAAGCCCCAGCUUUCCCAAAGGCUUGACUCUCAACACCAUUGUGUCGAUAUUAGCAACCGGGUCAAAAUCAUCAUUGCUGUGCAUGGUUGGCACCUCUAUUGGUCAGCUAAAAUGGAAUUGGCUUCAGGGCAGCAGAAGGCACCUUUUAUACGAUCUCCAGUCCUUUGAUGAUGCCAGUCGUGGGCCUUGGGGGUCGCUGUUGGUUUUGCUGCACCGGCCGAAGAAGGAACGUUUAUUGAUCUCUCUCGGUGCCAUUAUUACCAUCGCUAGUCUCGCAUUUGAUCCUUUCAUGCAGCAGAUAGUGAAUCUUUCCACCAGGCAAGUCAGCCGAGAGUCUGAUGGGGCUCGGGUUAAGCAGGUUGAUGUUCCAUGGCGUGUUUCAUCAGGAGCGGAUAUUUAUUCGGCUAUGGUCAGCUCGCUGAAUGCAGGAAUCUGGACAGGCGGAGUAAAAUCAGAUCCCAUCUGCCCAUCAGGGAACUGUACAUGGCCCACUUUUCGGUCCGCCGGCUGGUGCAGCAAGUGUGAAGACUUCACUUCGAAUGCCACUUUUGUUGGGUGCGAUGUUGCCAUGUUCAACAGCAGCAGCCAUGACUCUCAGAAAGUCGCCUGCAACAUAAAGAUCCCCGACGGUUACUCGAUAAACUGUGAUCUUCAGGGCGUCUGGGGAAAUCGCCGAAUGUUCGAGGAAGACUGGAGACCUGGACUCACGAUGAAGAUUCCGUUCUAUGUUAUUCAGCCCAUGCAUCCUCGGUGGGGGCCAUAUUUCAACCAGACCAUCUUAGGGGUGAGGAGUCCGCUAAGUGCCGUGGCAAUGGUGGGAUUGAGCACGCCGAACGCUUUCACCGGCCCGGAUUUGCUGCAGGUCGUCUCUGUAUCAGGGGGUGUCCCAAGCAUACGAAAAUCAUCCACCGAAUUUGGCGAGAUCUUUCUAAAUCCUGAUUCACCAUAUGAAUCAUCCACCGUCAACUUGAACUCUUGCUGGAAACCACAUCGUGACCAGGCCGUUGACUUGUCCAUAUCCUCAGAGAGCUCUCUGCUCAAAUUUAACCCCUGGGAAAAUUCAACCCGUUUCGCCGCUUGCCCUGUGAUUGGGGAUAUGACCGGCUCUGGCUUGGUUGACACGGUAUACCACAGAUAUCAGUACAAUACGACGAUCAACAUGUGGGAAUCCAGGGACCAAUUCUCUUACGAGCCCCCAAUAACGAAAGCUUUAGCAUUGUCUAGCUUCGACUCUAUCAUGUCUAAUAUCGCGGCAUCAUUGACAAAUACCGCUCACGAACUUCUUGGUCGCGAGGUCUACGGUGUUGUGAUGAAUCCCGAGGUGUACGUUGUGGUCAAUUGGUACUUUAUCAUUCUCCCGGGCGUGUUAAUAGUUUUGGGAAUUCUGUUUCUCAUCUUGACGAUAUUGCACAACCGCCAGCGCGGCCAUUCUCACUGGAAAUCAUCCUUGUUACCUGUCGUAUAUCAUGGGCUCGCCGAGGACAUUGGCAGUGACGAGCUGGGUAAGGCUAGCGCUAUGGAGAAGUCGGCUCUUGAACGUACCGUGACUCUGGGGAUUGUUGACAACAGAAGGAGGCUGGCUCUCGGGGACUAG